UUAAGUUUGUUAAUUUUCUGGCGACUCAUCGCGCCACUCCACAAUAUGGAGUUCUCGAUGGAGUUCUCGACAGGCACGGUUCCAGGUUUUUCAGGUCGUGCUGCGUUUAACGCAUUGCCCCAUGCUUUUCAUUGUUGUUGAAAGUGUUUCCCAACAACGGAGGCGUUCGACCAAGUUGCGCACCCAGGAGCAUCAAUUUUCUUUUGGCGUCAGUCUCCUUUUCCUCCCCUGCUUACCUUCACCUUUUAAGCGCCUUUUUUCUCGUCCUGUUGACUCGUUUCCUAUCGCAAAGGCAAACGCCCUCGUGAAUCGCCAUGGCAAAGAGAGAAUAAUCUCGUUAUCUCUACGACAGUCUCUUCAGCUUUUUUCUUCUCUGUCUUCGUGUCUCCUAUUGAUUCGCUACCGCCCCUCCAGUGAACCACCCUGCUGCUUUUCGUGUUUCCUUCCUCUGCUCUUCGUCUUAGCCAGUCUCCCUUUCUCCUGCUUGGGCCGUUUCUCUCGUCCACCUCUCUGUCUGUCACCGUCUGUCUCUCUCGCUCUCGCUGUGCUGCUUGACCUCUCCCUUACCCUGUUGAUUUCUCGGACUUCCCCUCCUGACUUCCCCUCCUCGUCUGCCCUACCCGUCUGCCCUCCCGGUGUUUGUCUCUCUGUCUCCUUUUUCCGCUUUCUGAUGGCUCCGACGCCUGCGGGGGCCUCCUCAGGUCCAUCUUCCCCUGCAGUGUUUUUGCCCGGAGACAUGUUGCUUCGGAUUGUCCCCUCGGCUUCUCCGUCAGAGUCGAGGCGCGCUAUCGAGCGAUUGUCUCAAGUAGAAGAACAAUUUGAUUUCUCUUCUCCUGUCGCUGCAGCGGCACGCUGCGCGUCUGCAGGGUCUCGAGAACUCACAGCCUCUGCUCCCUGUGCCUUUGUCGAGAGCUCGCCUCUCUAUCCGUAUUCUCCGUCAUAUAUUCGGGGAAGCCAGAAACGCUACGAGCCUGUAGAAGGCGACGUCGUUGUGGGCAUCGUCUCCGGAAAGAAAAAUGAGGCCUACACGGUGAACAUUCGCGCUCGCGGCGACGGGUCGCUGCCUCUGGUGUCGAGCUUCGAGGGAGCUACACGUCGGCACAAACCGGAGCUGCGUCGCGGAAGUUUGAUUCUCUGUCGAGUAGAGAGAGCGUCGCCUGAGCUGGGCGCUGAGCUCACUUGCAUAGACCCCAACUGCAAGAAAUCGUGGACUUCUCAAGAAAAGCUCCUUGGCGAACUUGAGGGUGGCUUCGUUCUCGAUGUUCCCGCGCCUCUCGCCAUCAGCCUCUCUUCGCCUCAUUGUUUUCUGCUCGAGAGUCUCGGGGAGAGACUUGCAUUCGAAAUCGCUUCGGGAGCGAACGGCCGCGUGUGGAUUCGCGCCAAGGAUGCCGGCGACGCGAUUCUCAUUGGUAACAUUUUAGUUGCAUGCUACGGCAAGGAGAGACACGUGAUGCAGGCGAUCAUCAACACUCUCGUGUCUAAACGGCAAGAAUCGUAGCGAGCGAAAACGCAUGCAGAUGCGAUCUCAAGAAAUGUGAAGUGCAGGGUGAAAAAGAGCAAGAGGUACGAGCAACAGCUGGACGCGGCCGAUUCAGGGAUCUUCGACAGCGGUAGAGGAUGUUUUUCAAGAGGGGCAAACUGCUUCUCUGUGAAGACUCGUUCGAUUUACAUGAACGGAGUUACGUUUUUUUUUAUUCUCUUCUGUCCAACGGUCUGUGGCAAGUUAACAUUAAGACGCAUCCAGUGUAAAGAUUGAACGCGAUGCAACUUAACCUUCUAUGUUGUGAAGAGAUGUUGAAACGUCUGCCUCAUAUCGGAUGACCCAGCGCAGAUAAAGAGGGCAGGGUGGUGAGGAAGCGAACCGGGGGGAGGGAGGUGAAAAGCGGAAAUCGAAAGAACGCUUGAGGGCUUUACACACACUGUGGGGGUGCGGCCUCACCUGGAGAGGCUCUGAUGGGCAGUGGAGGAAAGCAGUCUCUCGUCGUCAUUGCGUUUGAAGAGAGACGGCGGGGGGACGCGUCUCCCUUGAGGUUGCAUACGUUCCUGGAAAAGUGAUACGUCGGCGAUGGAGGAAUGUUGUGACGGUCUGUUGAGUGUUGGCAGAGAUUCUAGCUGCCAGCUGGCGAGAACUCGGAUCUACAAAGCAGGCGGGCACGCUCUCGGGGAAUACACUGCGUUAGUGAGGGAUGUUUAUACAAACAUAAAAUGCCCCGUUUCCCACCUGUAACAGGGAUUCUCGCUUUUCAGUUCUUUUCGGGGCAAUCGCGCAUGCUGCGCUGCACUGCGGGUGGAAUUCGUGAAUUGUGUGCAUCGUCUCAUGUGCGGACAGACGGACCGUCUUCUUUCAUCGCAGCUUCGUUCGCGUGUCUCACCAAACCCAGAACUUAUUUGAUGCCCUUUGAACUGUCUCGUCGCCGUAAACCGAACUUGCGGUUACAAGACGUCAGGAGAACGCAGACGUUCAAGCCUUUUCCGUGUCGUUUAGACGAGCAGACUUCUUGGCUUCAGUUUCAGACAGCAGG